AUGAGAUUCUGGCCAAGUGUGCUCCUCGCGGGGCUGGCCUCUGACGCCGCCGCCGCCACCACCCUGCUCUCCCGCGCAGACACCAGCAACAGCGGUGCCCUCGACAAGUGCCCCGGCUACAAGGCCUCCAACGUGCAGACGACAGACUCGGGCCUGACGGCGGAGCUGUCCCUCGCCGGCGCCGCGUGCAACGUCUACGGCGACGAUCUCGAGCAUCUCAUUCUGCAAGUCACCUACGAGACUGACAACCGCCUGCACGUCAAGAUUCAGGAUGCCGGAAACCAAGUCUACCAGGUCCCCGAGUCCGUCUUUGCGCGCUCGUCGGCCAAGUCGGCCGCGUCCGCGAGCCGCCUGCGCUUCGACCACACCGCGUCGCCCUUUUCCUUCACCGUCGCCCGGCGCGACACGGGCGAGGUCCUGUUCGACACGUCGGCCGCCGCGCUCGUCUUCGAGACGCAGUACCUGCGCCUGCGCACCGCCCUGCCCGCGGACCCGUACCUGUACGGCCUCGGCGAGCACUCGGACCCGUUCCGCCUCAACACCACGGCCUACAUCCGCACGCUCUGGAACCAGGACAGCUUCGGCAUCCCCAACGGCGCCAACCUCUACGGCGCGCACCCCUUCUACCUCGAGCAGCGCGACAAGGGCGCCCACGGCGUCCUGCUGCUCAACUCCAACGGCAUGGACGUCAUGAUUGACCAGGACGCCGCCGGGGCGCAGCAUCUCGAGUACAACACGCUCGGCGGCGUGCUCGACUUUUACUUCCUCGCCGGCCCGGGCCCCGUCGACGUCGCCAGGCAGUACGGCGCCCUCGCCGGCACGCCCGCCAUGCAGCCGUACUGGGGCCUGGGCUACCACAACUGCCGCUACGGCUACCAGGACGCCUUUGAGGUCGCCGAGGUGGUGCACAACUACAGCGCCGCCGGCAUCCCGCUCGAGACCAUGUGGACCGACAUUGACUACAUGGACCGCCGCCGCGUCUUCUCCCUCGACCCGCAGCGCUUCCCGCUCGACAAGAUGCGCGCGCUCGUGUCGCACCUGCACGCGCGCGACCAGCACUACGUCGUCAUGGUCGACCCGGCCGUCGCCUACCAGGACUACCCGCCGCUGCACCGCGGCGUCGAGCAGAACGCGUUCCUGCUGCGCGCAAACGGCUCCGCCUGGAUCGGCGUCGUCUGGCCCGGCGUCACCGUCUUCCCGGACUGGUUCGCCGAGACGGCCGACGGGUACUGGACCAACGAGUUCAGGCUCUUCUUCGACAAGGAUGCCGGCCUUGACAUUGACGCCCUCUGGAUCGACAUGAACGAGCCCAGCAACUUUCCCUGCAACUUUCCCUGCGACGACCCGUACGCGGCGGCCAAGGGAUACCCGCCGCCCGCGCCGCCCGUGCGGGAGCCGCCGCGGUCGCUUCCCGGCUGGCCGUGCGAGCUGCAGCCCAGCGGCUGCAGCAAGCGCAGCAUCGAUGCCUCUGCCAUCUUUGAGACGACCAACCCCAACGUCGCGCCCAACGUCAACACCGACGCCAUGAUCCUCCCUGCUCGUGCCGCCGCCGCCGGCGACCAAAAGGGCCUGCCGGGCCGGGACCUGCUGUUUCCCAAGUACGCCAUCCACAACAAGGCCGCGUACCAGGACUCGUGGAACGCGGACCACGGCGGCAUCUCCAACCACACCGUCAACACCGACGUCGUGCACCAAAACGGCCUGGCCAUGUACGACACGCACAACAUGUACGGCUCGCUCAUGUCCAUUGCCUCGCGCGAGGCCAUGCUCGCGCGCCGCGCCGGCCUGCGCCCGCUCAUCAUCACCCGCAGCACCUUUGCCGGCGCCGGCAGCAAGGUCGGCCACUGGCUCGGCGACAACCUCUCGACGUGGCAAAAGUACCGCGAGUCCAUCCGCGGCAUGCUCGCCUUUACCGCGCUCUUCCAGUUCAACAUGGUCGGCUCCGACGUCUGCGGCUUCUCCGGGACCACGACCGAGGAGCUGUGCGCGCGCUGGGCGACCCUCGGCGCCUUUUACAGCUUCUACCGCAACCACAACGAGUACGGCACGCCGGGCCAGGAGUUCUACCGCUGGCCGAGCGUGGCGGCGGCCGCCAGGAAGGCGAUUGACAUCCGCUACCGCCUCAUGGACUACUUCUACACGGCCAUGCAGCGCGCCGCCGCCGACGGCACGCCGAGCAUCGCGCCCGUCUUCUACCACUACCCCGAGGACAAGGCGACGUGGGCGCUCGAGCUGCAGUACUUCUACGGCCCGGGCAUCAUGGUCGCGCCCGUCACGGAGGAGGGCGCCACCAGCGUCGACGCGUACCUCCCCGCCGACAACUUCUACGACUGGUACACGCACAAGGUCGUCCACGGCGGCGGCGGCGCGCACACCUUUUCCGACGUCGACGUCACCACCAUCCCGCUGCUGAUCCGCGCCGGCGUCGUCAUCCCGCUGCGGGAGAGAUCCGCCAACACCACGACGGAGCUGCGCAGGGAGGCGUUUGAGCUGCUCGUCCCGCUCGACGAGCACGGGACGGCCGCGGGCGAGCUGUACGUCGACGACGGCGUGUCGGUCGCGCAGCGGACGGGCGGCGUCACCGACGUCAGGUUCAGCUACGGCGAGGGCGUGCUGAGCAUCAACGGCACGUUUGCGGUGGAUGCGCUGCCGAGGAUCACAAAGGUCACGGUCCUGGGCGAGGACUGCAAGACCAAAAAGGCCAAGCGUGGCGCGUCAGAGGAUGGCAGGCGGAGCAGGUCCGUCAAGGUCGACAUUUCGCUCAACGAGGCCAGCAAGACCAAGAUUUAA